AGCAAACAAGUCAAACCCAGAACGCAGGGCAGAGAUAUUCCCCGCCUCUCGCUCUCUCUUCAUCUUCAUCAACAAACUGUUGUCGUGGGCAUCAUCUCUGGCACCUGUGCACCCAAACGCGAGUGCUGCAGCAGAGAGUUCUUUGGUGUCUGACGGAGUCAGGCAGCAGGGGCGCGCCUCCUCCUUUUGUUUUGCACGAAGUCGGAGGACACGUGCAUCCCAAACAGCCAACAGUCCAGAGGUCCAGCCAACGCAAAGCAACACCACAACCAAAGCAAACAACCAACAACCAACAGAAAAGCCACGCAAAGUGAAGAGACGAUGCGCAACGCCGCAUCCAUGCGUGUGGCCGUUGCGGCCUUGCUCAUGACGGUGGUGAUCACUCCAAUCACCACAGUACAUGCUGCGUGUCAGUCCAGCGAGCCAGAACAGGGCGAUAUCAUCUGCAUCCAGCCCUCUCCAUUCCAAGGACCAAACCCGACGUGUUCGAAUGGCGGAACACUGACGGCAACGUCCUACUGCCAGUUUGAGAACGACCCCAGCCGUUGGGCGGCCUCCAACUGCGAGUGCGAAUGCCCAACGCGAUGGAGCGGCACCUUCUGUACCGAACCUGGUGCCAUCUGCGAGGGCGACUACACCUGCCUUCGCGGCUUCUGCGAAUCGUACCGCAAGUGCUCCUGUCCACCAGAGUGGACGGGCGACCAGUGUCAGCUCCCGGUGUGUGGUCCUGGCUGUGAUCCGGUUGGCGGAUACUGCAACACGCCUGGAGAGUGCAGCUGCAAAGAGCACCACACGGGCCAGUUCUGCGACGUGUGCGAGGACGGCUACUACCGCUCCGACGACACGGGCCUCUGCAUCCCGAAACAAACGCAGGGAUACUGCGACCGCAAAGAUGCGGCUGCGACAUACGUGCCGGUCACGGGCGUAUGCGACUGCUCGCCGUUCGAGUGGUAUGGCGACCGCUGCGACAUUGAGUGCCAGAAGUGCCCUGAUGGCGAGCGGCAGGUUGGCGGCUGCAUCGGCAACGAACCUGUGGAAUGCGGAGGUUGCAGCCCGUGCGAGGAUGGGUUCUCAUAUCGCGUGAGCGGCUGUGAUGGCAGCACCAUUGACAGCAUCUGCGAGCCGUGCAACCAGUGUUCCCCAGGCACCUUUGCCAACGGUGGCUGCAUCAACGGCGAAGACACCCUCUGCGUCGAGUGCACGGAGUGUGCUGAGGGCACAAUCCUGUCUGCCGGCUGCGACGGCAUUGAGGAUUCCGUCUGCGGAGAAUGCAGCACAGAGUGUCCAGACGGCAUGUUCCCCGUUGCCCCAUGUACCCCUCAACACGACCUUCGAUGUGCAGACUGCCUGCCUUGCCCUGAGGGCACGGUUACGGCACGGUUCUGCAACAGCACGCACGAGAGCGUCUGCCUCGGCACGGUUGAGAUUCCCGCGCUGCCUGCAGUGUACGUGCAGCAAGAGACGCGGCUGCUACAUCUUCGCCUGGGAAAGCGCUCGCCGGCGCCGUUCACCAUCCGCAUGUCCGGUGUUGGACUGCAGGUCCUCCAGUCCGGCCGCACAAACUUCAACGGGGAGAGCAACUUUGGAGACACGAUGCAGACAUUUGACCUGCAGAUUGAUGCCAACGCCGAGUCUGUGCCCUUCACCAUCACGCCGCACGCCACAGGCCAGCAGCCCGUGCAGUUUUCGUACCCGGACAAUGUUGGUGCCACAAACUACGUCGACAUCACCGAGGAGACGAGGAACUUGUUUGGCCUCAUUCAGAUCGAUGAGGGAUCGAGCGUGUUUGUCGACUUUGGUGUUGAGGAAGGCGAAGUCCCAACAGGCACCCACACCCUCCCCGUCACCAUUCUGUCUGACCAGGUUGAGUUCCUUGCUGUGGAUCCGUGGCAGUCCAUGGGCGGCAACACGCACCAGGCGUGCUCCUUUGUCAGCCUGCGUCUGACCUCCUCUGUGACGCUGCCAAUCUCUGUUCGCGGUCUGCGCGUCACCACGUCGCCGUUCAGCAUUGUUGUGCCCGACGAGAGCGUGUGCGCUGACGGCUCGCUGUCUGUGGAGCAGCUGCAGCAGCUGUCCACGACGUCGUCGCUGCCGCAGACGUUUAUGAGCGCCAUUGAGCCGUCCCUCCCGUCCUGGCUGCGCAUCGCAGUGGACAGGGACUUUUCUGCAGACGUCACGGUGGAGAGCGAUUUCUUUGUCAAGCUCAUUCCAGGGCCCGAGGUCACCUCCAUCCCCAACUGCAACAACCUGCCCGUGUUUUCCAACAGCUACUACGCGGUGGUGCUGUGGUCCAAGGCGUCUGUGAUCCUCGUGGACGGCAGCUCGCAGAGCGUCCCUGCUCAGGGCCAGGCGUUCUGCAUUGCCGUCGAUGUGGCCGCAUACCCGGGCGACGUUGUAUUUAUGCGGGUGCCCAAGGCGGCGUGGUCGCUGCUCAAUGCGCUGCCCUUCAAGCAGCGGCUGGACAGCAGCGGGUGGAUCAUUGGCGACACCAGCGUCGGCUUCUCCAGAAACUCGCACCUCCAGGGCGCGCCGACCAUUGAGUUCUUUGAUGGCGAACACAUCUUCAAAUACAACACCGGUGGUCUCGACUUCUGGCUUGACACGUCUCUGAGCAAGACACUGCUUGAGCUUGGCAGCACGAGCACGCUUGGCCUCAAGGUUGAGCUCUCUGUGGACGGCGUUGCUGGUCUCUCCUCAGACAACACCUUCACGAACAUGAACCAGAUCACGGCUGGGGCGUGGGAAGGGUACAUUGAGGGCGAGGUGAACCUGGACAUCAAGUUCAGCAUCCUCAAGAAGACGGCCCAGUGGAACUUCAAAGCGCGCGGUGCUGUCGUUGGCUCCUUCGAUGGCGACUCAGGCACGGAGCCUGCGCCUCGGGACAACUGCGGGCCUCUUGCCAAUCCAAAGGGCAUUUUUGUCACUGUGACCCUGAGCAUGCGCUCUUCUGGUUUUGGCAACAAGAUUCUCGACUCUGCCCUUGGCGACUUCCUUGGCUUUGGUGCCGAGGAGGAGUUCAGCCUCAAGUACUUUAUCCUGUACAAGAGCAGCUACGUGAAUGGCGUCUGGCAGGAGGGCAUGGCAGGCUGGGGCUUCCGCUUCGACAUUGGCAAGAUCUGCUACUUCCCUGGCAUCUGCGCGCGCACCCUGGUUGAUCUCCAGUACUCGGACAGCGACGUGCUUGCCCCGUGCGACGUGUUCAGCGACCUGUACCGCCAGUUGCCUGCAGGCAAGGUUGUGUCCAUUCGUGGCACGGUGGUGCGGCCACAGAUUGCGGGACUGUUCCGCCUGCCCGGCGACGCGUCCGUGCGCCUUGUGCUGUCGACCACCGAGUUUGCGUACCUGUCGCAGACGAAGUGCACAGCAACGCUGUUUGGCGUGUCCGUGGAAACCAACUUUGCCACCGGCAACUACCCGCAGCUCUUCUUCCGCACAAACUACCAGCUGCGCAUCUUCAACAUUUUCAAAGCCGAGCUGGAUGUCCUUGCUCUUCUUCCCAAGUUUGACAGCCGCACGCUGCUUGACUGGCAGUCCAUGGCGCUGCAUGUGCGCGGCGUCUUCCUCGGCGACAUCAUCGAGGCCAUUGCCACUGCCGUUGAGCGGCUGCUUCGCGACUGGGCCAACAAGGCCGUGGAGCGCUUCAACAAAGUCAAGGAGGUGUUGGAUUCGAUCAAGGAGAAGCUCCGCCAGUUUGAGGGCAUCAUCGACCGACUGCAAGGCGCUCUCAACUCGGCAAAGGCCAUCGUGGAAGGCGCCAAGGACAUCGUACGUGGUUGGCAAGAUGCGGUGAACAAGGCCAAGAAGCCGCUCGAGGAUGCACGCGAGCGAGCGCGCUAUCUACGGCAUCGGAUCGACAGCAUUUGCCACAUCCGCCGUUGUCCGGACAUCUGCAUCCCUGGUUGCGAAUUCAGGCGCCGGCGCCGUCGCGUGGCGAUGGAUUCACUCGAGCUGGAAGAGGAGAUCCGCCACCCAACGCGCAGCAAGCAGCUGCUGGCAAACCACAAGCAGGGCCACGCGUUGCUCGUCCGUCAGCGUCGCUGGGGCUCCAUUCGCAUCCCAAAGCUCGUCUGCUCAUCCUGCCUCUGGCGCAUCCCGAAUGUGCCGUGCCUCAUCGCCAACGCCAUCUGCCGAGUCCUCAAGGCAACGCUGCUGUUCUUACUCAAAGUCAUCGACGCUCUCAUCUCCGUGCUGCUUCUUGCGCUCGAAGUGGUUGAGAAGGCGUUGGAUGCCGCCCUUGUGUUCCUGGACGCGGCCAACUUCCUGUUCGACCUUGCUGCGCAAGCGUUGGACAAGGCAAGAGUUGUGUUCCGGCUGAUAGAAGUCGCCAUCGACGCCGCAAAGGUUGCUGUGGACAUUGUCAAGGAAGCAGUGAGAGGCGCGCUUGAACUUGCUGCGACGCUGGUGGCCAACAGCAUCACGUACAUCCUGUCCAUUCCCCACAUGGAGUUUGAGCUUGUGGUCAAGGGCUUCACUCCACGUGAGUUCAGCGCCAGCAUGGAGCUGGUCCUGUUCCGCAGCGCUCACGUGCGGCUCAGCGUUUACAUCAACUUCGCCGACAUCUUCAGAUCGAUUGCGCGCGUUGCGAGCGACCUGUUUGACCGGUUCUUCAGCAGCUUCUUCCGCCGGCGGCGGUAUGCGCGCGGGCUCGGGGUGGACGUUGUCACCGUGGCCCACAUUGCGCAGCACCACCUUGGCCUCGACCUGCACCACGUGUUCUACCAGGAGGGCAAGAGCGCGGGCCACCGCGACCACUAUGCAAUUGACAUGGAGCACGCGCUGUCGGAGCUGGAGCGGCACCGGCGCGAGACGGGCGACAACAGCACGAUGGGCGAUGGUGGCGAUGGCGGCGGCAGCGUCAACGGCACCGCGGGCGUCAACAUCACGCAGGAGGCGGCCAUCGAGCGGGUGGACCCGGCCAUGCUGUACCAGCACAAGUGCAACGUGUUCAUGGACGCGCUGGACUUUUUGCUGACGUUUACGGACGAGGUUGAGGACCGGUACAUGGAGGCGGAGCGGUUCAAGCGCAUGACCAACGAGUCUGAGACGCAGCUGAUGGAGGCGCGGGACCCGCAGAAGAACAUCCCGGAGGUGAACCGGACGGCGUUUGCAGACGACCCGGCAGUGAACGGGCUCGUGCUCGGCUACGUGGACUCUGUGGACAUGAGCGCGCUGGCGGCAAACGCAACGGACGACGAGUCUGUGCAGUCCGGCAUGCAGUCGGAGGAGGACGCGAUGGAGAACUGGAAGCAGGAGCAAAACGCCACGGAAGCCGGCGACUACUCCGACAUGCUCAACGCGCUGCAGGCCACGCUCAACGGCACGGGCCAGCUUGACGAGUUUGGGUGCGGGGAUGUCCCUGAUUGCAUCAUUGCGUCGAUGGACCACCUGACGGACCUGUGGAACGACGUGUCGCUGCCGGAGUUUGCGGAGCUGAGCGGGCAGAUUGAGCGCAUGAGCAACUACAGCAAGCAGCUUGCGUCCGGCAACCUGACGCUGUCCGAGGCGUACCAGCAGGUGACGGAGAUUGUGGACUGGGUAAACGCCACCAUGAUGAUGGACGUGUGGUGCGGCGAGGUGCCUGUGAUUACGGAGCAUCCGCUGCCGCUGGCGACGACGUUCCCCGGGCGGUCGCUGGAGCUGCGGUGUGCGGCGACGGGCGUGCCUGAGCCGAGCGUGUACUGGUACCGGGAGACGAUGCAAGACGACGACGAGCUGGUAGGCGAGGGCGCGCGGCUGCAGCUCACGGACAUUGAGCCCGCUGACGACGGCUCGUACUACUGCGUUGCGCAGAACCACAUGCACAACGCGACGUCCAACUCGAGCCAGGUGCUGGUUGUUGCUGGGGCGAGCUCCGAGCUGAUCCUGCGGUACACGUUUGCCAGCGAGAACUACACGCAGGAGGUGGUUGAGACCAACGCGACGGCGAGCUUCCGGAUUGCGGCGCUGGUUGAGAUCAGCACGCGGCUCGGCGUGGAGGAGGACCGCCUGACGCAGUUUGAGGUGCUGGAGAGCGGAGAGGUGUCGCACAGCAUCGGCGACCCUGCGGAGGAAGGCGACGUGUCGACAGACGCCCUGGUGAAGCGGCUGACGCAGCUUGUGCGGUUUGGCAACAUGUUUGUGCGGUUUGGCGGGGUGCGGCUGUAUGCGGACGCGCAGUCGAUGCGCCGGGACUACUGCCGCACGGCGUGCCAGGUGAUCACGGAGAACUCCAUCUACGGGGAGCCGUGCGUGCUGCCGAAGCUCAGGUGCCCGUACGGCCCGGGCAGCUGUCGCUACUCGUGCGAGGGCGACUACAUCUUCCAGUCUGGCGCCGCGGCCACGUGUCGGCGCAGCCACGAGUUUUCGGGCUUCAACGGGGUGCCGUACUGCCGGCGCCUCAACGACCCGCCGUUUGAUGUCCGCUUCACGGGCAACGCCAGCUUCCCGGAGACCACGCCGCCCAACACCGUGCUCGGGCAGGUGCGCGCGCGGGACACGGACCCGACGCAGACGGUGACGCUGUCGCUGGUGGGCGGGGGCGAGUAUGUUGAGCUUGACGGCGCGAGCGGGGAGCUGGUGCUGAAGAGGGCGGUUGAUCACGAGGCGAUGCCUGCCAUCACGGUGACGGUGCGGGCAACGGACGACUACGUGCCGCCCUACUACACGGACGCGACGUUUGUGCUGCUGGUGGCGGACGUGAACGAGGCGCCGACGGCGAUUGGCGUGACGGGCUCGCUGUCUGUGUCUGAGGGCACGGGGUACGGCGCGCAGUUUGCGCGGCUGUCGACGAGCGACCCGGACGCGGGCCAGUCGUUCACGUACACGCUGUCGGACGACUUUGGCGGGCGGCUGGCGGUGCUGGGGAGCCUGCUUGUUUCCGGCUCGACGCCAAUUGACUUUGAGGAGACGCCUGGGUUCAAUGUGACGGUGACGUCGACAGACAGCGGCGUGCCGCCCUUGUCCGUGCAGCGCAGGCUUGAGCUGCAUGUGACGGACGUGAACGAGAGGCCGAGCGCGAGCUUCGAGUGCGAGGCUGCCGUGUGUGGCGGGCUUGUGGAAGGGCUGGCUGCGGGCACGCAGGUGGGUGUGGUGCGCGUUGAGGACGAGGACCGCGGGCAGACGCACCGCGUUGUUGUGCGGGACGACCGGAGCGACGGCGCGAUUGCGUUUGAGGGUCUGCGGGCGGUGCUGGCCAAGAACAUCAGCGAUGCGCUGCCGGCCACGCUCCGGGUGACGCUUGUGGUGAAGGACGACGGGUCGCCGUCAAAGACGUCCGAAGAGGUGAGCAUUGAGCUGACGAACCUGGCGCUCACGACAACCACAACCACGACAACCACAACCACGACCACAACAACAACCACGACCACGACCACAACCACCACCACCACAACAAGCGGAAACAACACGGUGGCUGCAACGACGACGACGACCACCAGCACGACAACGACGACCACGACGACCACGACAACAACGACAACAACGACAACGACGACUACGACCACAACCACUACCACGCCUGGAACAACCACGACAACCACGACGACAACAACCACCACGACGACGACGGCGAACAUUGCGCCUGCGAUUGAUUCGCUGCGUCCUGUUGUUGGCGAGAACGAGCCUGUAGGCACGGAGGUGGCGCAGGUGAAGCUGUCUGCGGCCACAGAGCAAUCGCACGAGCAGUACACCUUCUCCAUCAUCGACGACGCAGGGGGUCGGUUUGCGCUUGCAAAUGGGGACCGGAUUGUGACGGCGCAGGUGCUCAACUUUGAGGAGUCGUCGAGCUACACGGUGAAGAUUCGCGUGGAGGACAACGGAACGCCACCGCUCUCCUCAGAGCGGGAAGUGGUCAUUCGCGUCCUCGACAGCAACGACCCGCCCUCGCUGCAGCUUCUGCGCACAGUCAGCGGCCGUACCGGCAAGGAUGAUGAAAUUUCCAGCGGUUUGCCUGCAGGCACGGCUCUGUAUGAGAUUGUUGUCGACGAUGAAGACUUGACUCAGACAUCGACGGUGUCCUUCACGGGUCCAUCUGCUGCUCUUGUGAAGGAGGAGUUCAACCGUGUUGUCCUGACCCGAACCCUGGACGCUGCGUCCACCCCUGUGUUGUCGUUUGAUGUCGUGGCCACGGAUCCCCUUGGCGCUACAGACAGCGAGCACGUGGAGUUGACUGUUGUGAAGCUGAACCAGGCUAACACGACACUCCCUUCCAACCGCACGCGCACGACGGCUGCGCCCUUGCGUGAAUCAUCGACGGGCACUGCAGAUCCCGCCACCAUUGGCGCCUCUGCUGGUGCUGCUGGUCUGGUGCUGAUUGUGCUAUUGGCGUAUGUGAUUGUGCUGCGUCGCCGUCGCCGUGCUGCUGACUUGCAGCGCAUGCUUGACCUGAAGAAGAACCCGGUCAGUCCGUUUGGCUUUGCCAAGAACCGGUGGUACUCUGUGGACAACCUUGCCGAGGACAAGCACGCAGAGGCCAUCGAGGACACGCUGAUGGAGGCACGACCCAUGGCCACCCUCUCCAAGACACAGCUGCCCGACGAUGUGGAGACAGACGCGGAUGGAGACGAGCAGUGGAAUGGACAGGCGGAAACGAAUGUGGACGACGUGACUGCCCUUAAUGAGCUUGAUGGCACUGGUGAUCUUGUGUUCAUGGAUGACGACUUUGAUGAUGAUGGCCCUGGCGUGGAUGAAGACGAUGGUGGCUACCUCCGCGUUGGCGACGAUACGGAGCUGGGUGAGGCUGGCCUGCGUCGCAACUCGUCCGUCCGCACAAACAACCUCAUCUCGGAACUCUUGUCCAAGCGGGAAUGAGCGCGAACAGGAGAGCGUCGAGUCCACGGAGCGCACUCGCACAUUUGUGUGCCUGUGUGUGCCUUACCCAUCCUCUUCCUCCACCAAUGUUUCAUGGCGUUUCCUUUCUUCUUUUCUUCUUUUGCCAUACACUCAUACAAGCAUACAUUUUGCCCGCCUUCUCUGUUUUCUCGCGAUUUCUUCACUGGUUCUUCUGUUCCGAUGGCACUGAUGCCAUAGCACCCAAACCCGAAGUUACACCACCCCCCCCCCCUUCUCUUUCCCGCUCCAAAUUGCUUUUCACCCUGCCCCUUUAUUCUGCUCCAGUUUAUUCGUUGACAUCCAUCAUCAUCAUCACCCACCCCCAACUUGUUCUUUUCGACACAUCAACCUUACAUUAAUUCAUCACCUUCCCACCCCCCGCUCAGCCGCUCUUCCUUGGUUCUCUUGGUUGUUCAGAGGACUGGCGGGUUGGGCUGUUGCCAUGGACCUGGACGUUCUAUUUCGUUUUUGCUGGUGGUCGUGCCACUUCUUUUUGUUUCCUUGAUUUGUUGAUGACUUGCUUGACAACAUCCCAGCAUCACUCAUGUUGGCUUCUUCUGUUGUGCUGUCAACACAUGCUGUUCCUCUUCUUUCCUUAGCUGUGUUUUAAUGCCACGUUAAUGAACAAGCGGUUUCUUUCAUGCAACCAC